AUGCAAAUCAAGGGUCUACUUCUCGGUCUUGGCUGGCUCUCUGCCGCAUGGGCACAGCUUGCGGAUACCACUGACUAUCCAAUUGGUCCAUUGACUUCUUCUUCUGCUAAAUGGGCUGUUAAGGUCUGUGAUAUCACGGACUAUGGCGCCGUGGCGGACGGAGCGACUGACGCUGGUCCUGCUAUUUUGGCUGCCUUUGAGGCCUGUAUCGAUGGUGGUGUGGUGAAUAUUCCUCUAGGAACUUUUGCCUUGGAGACUUGGGUCACACUUAGUGGUGGCACUGCGUGGGCCAUCAACUUGGAAGGAAUCAUCGUCCGCACGGGUACUGCUGGCGGCAAUAUGAUCUACAUCGAACAUAGUACUGACUUUGAGAUCUACUCCUCCCGUGGCGAGGGUGCCAUUCAAGGCUAUGGCUAUGUAUUCCAUGCAGAAGGAGAGUACGGACCACGUAUUUUGCGCCUGUAUGAGGUGACGAAUUUCGCCAUCCAUGACAUUGCUCUUGUUGACUCCCCACAAUUUCAUUUGACCCUGGACACUUGCAACCAGGGUGAGGUGUAUAACAUGAUCAUCCGAGGUGGAAAUGAGGGAGGUCUUGAUGGCAUAGACGUGUGGGGAUUUGAUAUCUGGAUUCACGAUGUUGAGGUAACAAACAAGGACGAAUGUGUUACCGUCAAGAGUCCAGCGAAUCACAUCCUUGUCGAGAACAUCUACUGCAAUUGGUCUGGCGGCUGCGCCAUGGGCUCUUUGGGCGUCGAUACCGACAUCAGCAAGGUCGAGUACAACAACAUCUACACAGUCAACUCCAACCAGAUGUUCAUGUUCAAGAGUAAUGGAGGAAACGGCACAGUGACGGAAGUAACCUUGCAAAACUUUAUCGGACACGAGAACGCUUAUACCUUCUACAUUGAUGCAUACUGGACGGAAGAAACCUUGGCAGCAGGUGACGGCGUCCUUUACAACUCAAUCACUGUCAGCAACUGGAAAGGAACGUGUGCGAAUGGUGCUACACGAGCCCCACUAUACGUACUAUGCCCAUCAACUCAGCCUUGUACCAACAUCAUCGUCGAAGACUUUGAUAUCUGGACUGAAUCAGGAAGCACCGAGUACUACAAGUGCGCCGAUGCCUGGGGAUCAGGAUACUGCUUGAAGGCAGGGUCCGCACACACUGAAUACGGCACAGUGACCUCAACAGUGACCUCUGCUCCAUCUGGCUACUCGGCGACCACGAUGCCUGGCCAGCUCACCGCGGGAUUAGGCCUCACUACAUCAAUUGCUAUCCCUACUGUUCCUAGCUCGUUCUUCCCAGGUGCUACACCGGCCACGGCAAGAGUUUAUGGUAGCUAG